ACACGGAGAAGACUUGCCUUGCAUUCUCUCUUAGAUCGAUACACUUCAUGACCAUGACAGAAGUAGAAACACUUGAACCGACUCUCCAGAACGUCUUGGACCAGAAGACACUCAAAUGGAUCUUUUGUGGUGGAAAGGGUGGCGUUGGCAAGACGACAACCUCAUGUUCACUCGCAAUCCAACUCGCCUCCGUUCGAGAAUCUGUCCUCCUCAUCUCAACAGACCCAGCACACAACCUCUCAGACGCAUUCGGUCAAAAGUUCUCUAAGGACGCGACUAAAGUCAAUGGGUUUGAUAACUUGUACGCUAUGGAGAUCGAUCCUACGAGUUCUUUACAAGAGAUGAUUGAGCAAUCUGACCAGAAUGGUAUGAUGGGUAACAUGAUGCAAGACCUAGCAUUCGCAAUACCAGGUGUCGACGAAGCUAUGGGGUUCGCUGAGAUCAUGAAACACGUCAAAUCAAUGGAAUUCUCAGUAAUCGUCUUCGACACCGCACCAACAGGCCAUACACUCCGUUUCCUCUCCUUCCCGUCUGUGCUCGAGAAGGCUCUUGGAAAACUUAGUUCUUUGGGGAGUCGGUUUGGGCCUAUGAUUAACCAGAUGUCCUCGAUGAUGGGUGGUCAACCUGGUACACAAGAAGACAUGUUCGCGAAGCUUGACUCUAUGCGCGAGGUCAUCUCCGAAGUGAAUAGUCAGUUCAAGGAUCCAGAGAAAACCACUUUCGUAUGCGUCUGCAUCUCCGAGUUCCUGUCCCUUUACGAGACCGAACGACUCGUACAAGAGCUUGAAUCAUACGAGAUCGAUACGCAUAAUAUCGUUAUUAACCAGUUACUCUUCCCAAAGAAAGGCUCAAACUGCGAACACUGCCUCGUCCGAUACAAAAUGCAACAAAAAUACCUCAACGAAGCACACGAACUCUACGACGAAUACUUCCACAUCAUCCGCCUUCCACUCCUCACAGAAGAAGUUCGCGGGCCCGAGAAGUUGAAGGAGUUUAGUAAGAUGUUGGUGGUGCCGUACGUUCCUGAGUCUGAGAGGUAGGUUUGCUGGGUUGGAGGAGGGGUACUUCUUUUGCUUUUCUUUUUUUUCUUUUCGUUUGUUAGAUAGAGAUGGUGGAUGUAGGAGAUGUGGAGCAGUGACGCGGUAAUGCCUGAUCUGAGGAUAGAUGCGUGAACUUCAGUAGUAGAAAUCACCCAAAU